AAAAGGAUUCAAUAUUUUGCGCUAGUAAGCUAGAAUAGAUAAUAAAAGAUUUAGCCUCUUAUUCAAAGAUACUUUGCAUUGAAAUAGCAAUAAAAAUGCAAUGUCGAGUUUGCAUGCAAACAAAUUGUCAUAUCCUACUUGAUAUGAGCAUUGCAUGCACAGAUGAUGGUAAAUCCCUUUUCGACUACUACAAUGAAUGCACACAGCUACAGGCAUCAGUCAAUGAUAACUUUCCGAAUACGCUUUGUAAAGCUUGUACACAAAAACUCCAAAUUGCUUAUAACUUUAGAAAAUGUGCCCUACAGUCGCACGAAGAAUUUAAGAAAUUUCUAACUUCGCAAAUAGAAACGGAAUCAGCUGAGGAAUUUUCGGCUUUUAAGAAAAUGGAGAAGACUAAGGACGAUCCAUUAGAAAUGGAGUUUAAACAAGCUUUGAAGGCUUUAAAAAAACCUGAUUUUGAAUAUCCUGGGCAUAUAAAGCAAUAUUCCACACAAUAUUUCGAGGAACCACCAGAGGAAAUGAAAAGAAACUGGAAAGCAGAUGGGACAAUAAAUACGGAAAAUGAGAAUGACCAGGUUAUUGAGUUCUUAAGCGAAAUAUCAAGUGAUGAUCAAUCACAAAUUGUAAUGGCACAAAGAUCUGGAAACGAAGAUUCUGAAGAGGAAAGUGAAACUGACACAAAGCAACAUGAAUCUGAUUUACCGAUGCAGUGGGACGCCUGCAAUGAGAAACCUUUAACGUCCCGAAAUGAGCUUGACAAUUUUCAAAGUAACCACAAAUCUCAUAAGUAUUUUCCAUCAACUUCUUAUAAAUGUAAAUAUUGUAGAAACAUCUAUUCAUCUGAUUUUGAAUUGGAAAACCAUGUGAAAAAGCACAGUAAAACACAUACAAAUCAGAAGUAUAACUCUCUUAUUGUCAAGCAAUUGCCAGAAAAAGAAAGUGACAACAAAACGCCUACGGAAUCUGCAGCUGGUUAUGUACAAAAAAAGAGCGAAGAGUCUAAGCUACAUAAAAGGAAAGACACGAAAUGUGCACUAUAUCAAAAAGUAGCUACUGAGAAUAAUUUACAUAAAAAACAAUUUCCGGAUGAUAAUCAAGACCAACAGAAAUCAUCUGCAAUGUACGUAGAUAAAAGAACAGAUAGUUCCAAAUUAAAAGAAGAGAAGAAGCACUUGUGUUCAUUUUGCCCCCGAGUAUUAUCUACUAGGCUUGCUCUAAAUGCACAUGAAAAAAAACAACAUUUAAAUAUACAAACAGACCUUAAGGAAUGCCCAACUUGUCAGAAAAAAUUUAGUUCGGAUUAUUUAAAGAAACAUAUCCAAGUUGUGCAUAUUGGAGAGCGUAAAUUUACAUGUGAUAUUUGCGGUGAUUCAUAUAAAAGCCAUCCUCAACUUAGUCGACACAAGCUGUUGCACAAGAAGGAGCGUAAUUUGGCAUGCACUGUGUGUGAUAAAAGGUUUACGGAAACGUCUCAUUUCAAAGUACAUAUGCGAAUUCAUACAGGGGAAUUGCCAUUCGCCUGUCAAUUUUGUGACCGUCGGUUUAGAAUUAAAGUGCACCUCACCUACCAUUUGCAACAUCAUGCGAACAUCAAGCAAAAAUGUAAUGUGUGUGGUAAGGAGUUCAAAAACAUUAAAUCGUUACGAGACCACUCAUACGUGCAUACUGGUGUAAUGCCAUAUACUUGUCUUAUUUGCGGUUACGGCAGCCCGAAACGUGAAUAUUUUACGAAACAUAUGCUGCGUAAACACGACACAACUAUGACUGCUGAUGAGUUAUUUGCGAUGUUCAAAGCAAAUACUGGCCGAUCUCCUCACGUAAAACUAGCUGAGGAAUUAGAUAUAAUGUAUAAGAACGUGCAACAGUCUACCUAAUAUGGAUAAGUGUUAAGAGAAAUCAUUGUUGAAUGUUGUAUGGUUUUAAUAGCUUUCCAACAUUGUCUGGUAAUGAUUUGUAGUUAGAAGGCAACAACAAAUUGCAUGAUUUUUUUUUUAAUUGUGUUGGCUUUUUAGAAGUGUCUAAUCGGCAAUGGAAUAUCCAUUUGGUCGAAUAUCCUUUUAGACCUUGUGAAGAAACUACUGCAAUUCUGCACUAGUCGAGUGAAAAUAGUCUUGAGUUGUCUUGGCGGCCGCCGUAGCCGAAUGAGGUGGUGCGUGACUACCAUUCGGAAUUCACAGAGGUUCGAAUCUCGGUGAAACACGAAAAUAAAAAAAAAAAAAAACUUUUUUCUAAUAGCGGUCGCCCCUCGGCAGGCAAUGGCAAACCUCCGAAUGUAUUUCUGCCAUGAAAAAGCUCCUCAUAAAAAUAAUUGCCGUUCGGAGUCGGCUUGAAACUGUAGGUCCCUCCAUUUGUGGAACAACAUCAAAACGCACACCACAAAUAGGAGAAGGAACUCGGCCAAACACCCAAAAAGGGUGUACGCGCCAAUUAUAUAGAUAUAUGUCCUAUUUGGGUGCACGUUGUCGUUCACAUGGGAACAGGGCAACCAUUUUUUGACUUUGGGGACUUCUCCAGGGUACGCAUAAAAACCGCCAGGAGAUUAUGAUAACUACUAUUAAUGGUAUAUCGAAUAAGGGAAUAUACUGCUAAAUAUGAAAUUUCUUUUGCAAACAAAUGCGACAGGCUUUCUCCGCUGCCUAUUUUAUUUGGUAACUUGGCAUACCCUGAAAUUACAUGAGUUUUAUCUUCAGUAAGCGUCAGC